AUGAAUCCUGGGGACGAGAACCUGCUGAAGGCGAUCAGCAACGACACGCUCCUCGACCUGACACAGCGCUACGGCCAGUCCGCCUUCGGGUUCGGCGCUGGCCAUGGUGCUGCAGGGAGCCCCGGCCGCUACCCCCUGACGCCCGCCGCCGACUUCCUGUCAAGCCAGACCGCCAAGUCCAACGAGAGCGGCGGGGAGCAGACGAGCGAUGACGACGACGGCUUCGACCUGGAGUCGCGCAAGAGGGGCUCGGCGUUCGACGACGACGACAAGCACGGCGGACCCCUGGCCAAGAAGCCCAAGGAGCAGCGGUCCCUGCGGCUCAGCAUCAACGCGCGGGAGAGGAGACGGAUGCACGACCUGAACGACGCGCUGGACGGCCUGCGCUCCGUCAUCCCCUACGCGCACAGCCCCUCGGUGAGGAAGCUCUCUAAAAUUGCCACUCUACUACUGGCCAAGAACUAUAUCCUGAUGCAGGCGCAGGCCCUGGAGGAGAUGAGGCGGCUGGUUUCCUACCUGAACCAGGGACAGACUAUUACUUCCCCGAUCCCCGCCGCCCUGGCGCCCUUUGGACAGGCUGCAGUUUACCCUUUCUCGGGUUCGACAUUGGCCACCUGCGCUGAGAAGUGCACCACCACUUAUUCUGGGACACCGUCCAGUCUUUUCAAGCACUGCAACGACAAGCCUUGA